AUGGGCCAGCCAGAGAUCCCCAAAGAGCAGUGGGCGCAAGUCAUCGAGAAGGACGGCGGCCCCAUCUCCUAUAAACGGAUCCCCGUCCCUAAGCCGGGCCCCAACGAAGUCCUCGUGGCAAUCAAAUACUCCGGCGUGUGCCACACGGACCUGCACGCGCUCAACGGGGACUGGCCCGCGGCACGCAAGACGCCCGUCGUCGGCGGCCACGAGGGCGCUGGGAUCGUCGUGGCCAAAGGCGCGCUGGUGACGGACCCGGACGUCGGCCUCGGCCGCGCCGUCGGCAUCAAGUGGCUGCAGGCGUCGUGCCUCGGGUGCGGCUACUGCAUGCAGGCCGACGAGCCGCUGUGCCCGCGCGCCGCGCUGGCCGGGUACACGGUCGACGGGUCGUUCCAGCAGUACGCGGUGGUGAACGCCGCGCACGCGGCACGUAUUCCGUCUAGUUUGAUCGAAGGGGAGGGCCUGGCGGCUGUCGCGCCGAUUCUGUGCGCCGGCUUGACCGUGUACAAAGGGCUGAAGGAGUCGGGCGCCAGGCCGGGCCAGUUCGUGGCGAUUGUCGGUGCCGGCGGCGGACUGGGCAGUCUGGCCAUCCAGUACGCGCGCGCCAUGGGCCUGCAUGUCAUUGCGAUCGACGGCGGGAAGGAGAAGGGCGAGGCGUGCAAGGAGCUCGGCGCGGAGGCGUACGUGGAUUUCAUGGCGACGCAGACGCUGGUCGACGAUGUCAAGGCUUUGACUGGGGCUGAGGGCCUCGGGCCGCACGCGGCGCUGCUGCUCGCGCCCAUGGAGAAGCCGUUUCAGCAGGCGACCGCGUACAUGCGCCCGCGCGGCGUCGUCGUGUGCAUUGGCAUUCCGGCCGGGGCGAGGAUCAGCAUGCCUGUGUUUGAUACGGUUGUGCGCAUGAUUACGGUCAAAGGGUCGUACGUCGGCAACCGCCAGGACACGGCCGAGGCGCUGGACUUUUUCGCGCGCGGCUUGAUCAAUGCUCCGUACAAGGUUGUCGGGCUGAGCGAGGUACAGAGCGUGUUUGACCUGAUGAAGGAGAACAAGGUUGUCGGUCGCUACGUGCUGGAUAUGAGCCGAUAG